GAGGGGAAAGCCCCAUUGCAUCCCACGCGGGGAUACCAGAGCCUUAUAAAUAGUACGAAGCCUAUCCAGUCCAUACUCUAGAAUGCUAUACUCCCAGUCCAAUCCAAUACUAAAGACACAAUGACCACCCCAACAAUCGUCUUCUCCCUCGGCGCCUGGACAAAACCAUCUGCCUUCGCCACCCUCCUCGAAAAGGGCAUCCCCUGCGAAACGCCACCCCACCCCUCCGUCGGCUCGGAGCCCCCAACCAAAACCCUGCAAGACGACGUCUCGUCCCUGCGCUCCGUGCUAACCCGUCUCAUCGAGGCAGAGGGGAAGGAUGUUAUUGUCGUCGCGCACUCCUACGGCGGCGUGGUCGCCUCUUGCGCCGUCGAGGGCUUAUCCAAGACGGAUCGUGCGGCUGCUGGUAUUCGUAAACCCGGUGGUGUAUGCAGAGUUGCGUAUCUAGCUGCUUUUGCUUUGGAUAAGGGGAUGAGUUUGGUUGAUAUGCUUGGUGGGGAGCUUUUGCCUUGGAUGCACGCUGAUGGCGACUACGUCUACUGCGCCACUGACCCCUCCAUCGCAUUCCAUGAUCUAACCUUAGACGACCAAAAGAAGUGGCAGUCCGAGCUGGUGCAAACCUCGCGCGCUGUCUUUUUCGGCCCGGCUACCUAUGAGCCCUGGGGCCAGAUCCCGGUUGCGUAUAUCAUCUGCGACGAGGACGGGAUGCUGCCGCCGCCUGUGCAGGAAAUUAUGGUGGACAAGAUGGGGGAGGACUGUCUUACUUAUAGGCUCAAGGCGUCGCAUUGGCCGUUUUUGAGUAUUCCGGAUGAGAUGGUUGGGGUUUUGGUGGAUUUGGCGGAGAAGUCAUAG